AUGGAUUUCGUAGAAAGACUUGGAUUAAACAACUUGGCUUCACCGACAAACAAGCAUGGACAAUUUGGAGCCGGUACAUCAAAAACAACAACUACUGUAGCAACAAUUCCAUCAGCUGGCACUGUGUCAUCAAAUACAUCCUCAGCAAAAACAUCCACAUUUUCGUCUCCAGAGCGACCAACAACACCCAUCAUUCCACACAAAACACUUCCAGCACCAGAUCCACGUCAAUGGGGAAUCGAUGUACCAACAAAGUUAACUCAAGACGUGCCUCGUCCUGCAUUCGGCCAAGUUUUUGUUGCAAAUAAGAAAGCUGAAGACUUAAAAAACAACGCGAGAAAAGUGGCAAAACAACAGUUAAAUAUUAAGGCACCAGUAAAGAAAGUACCCUCUUCUUUCCAACAGAUGGUUUCGAAAUAUGUACAAUCAGCAGAGCAAAAAGAAACAACAGAAAAGAAAAAGGCAGCAUUUGAACGUGAACUUGGUGAGCGCCCUAUUGAUAAAACUUAUAGCUAUGACGCCAUGCUUGACCCUGACUCUUUGGAUUACAUUGGGGACCAAUUGACAAAAGAAAAGUUAAAAGAAAUGGAAUUUGAGCGACCCUUACGAAUGGCAGAUUGGCGUAAUAUGAUGUCGCGUAGAGUUACAAAUAUGGUCAGCCAAUUACGUCUUCUUGACGGUCAAAAGCAGCGCAAUCCAACACAAACUUCCCACCUUGCUCACCCUCAUACUUGGAAAUUAGUUAAGGAAGUCUAUGAAGCUAAAAAGAAUGAAAAGCCAAAACCUCACCGCACCUGGAACCCUGAAGAAGUAAAAGCGUUUAUUCGAAAAAGCAAUAGAAUUCUUGCGGACACCACUCCAAAGGAGCAGCAACGCAGCAACAACAUUGAACCACCUCAACCUCAACCAACAGACUGGAACAGCAACAUUCUUAAAGUUUAUAAUAAUCGCCGUCGUCGUAACUCUCUCUCUCCAACUUCAAAUGCUUUAAUAACCGGAACUCCGCUGCCUUCAAAAAUGCACGUCAACUGGAAGAAGUGCUCCUCACACGUCCCAGCUUUAAGAGUGCUAUUGCUGCCCAGAAUAAUGAAGGAAAGGAUGUUGGGAAAAAGAAUUGAGAAGAGAAGGAAGAUAAGAACAGUCGACGGAAUAGUCGACCUUUUUGGCGGGGGUAUGUCGCCAAUGGCGACUUUCAUUCAGUUUAUUUUAAUUAUAUACUCAAGUAUACUCGUUUCCCCCGUUUUAUUACUCUAA